AUGGCUGCCCAGCUCGAUGUCGCCACAUUAUUCGCGAUAGUCGGCCUCGUGUUCGUCACGUGCCUCUACAUUAUUCACUGGAUCGCGUUUCUUUACUCAAAAUACCGAUUGCAUUGGAAAAUUCGAGCGGAUCCGAGUCUGCCGGGCGUGUCGGUCAUCAAGCCGAUUGUUGGAGCCGACGCGAAUCUACGCGAGAAUCUGGAGACGUUUUUUGUUUCGCAGUAUCACAAGUUUGAGCUGUUGUUCUGUUUCAACGCUGAAAACGAUCCGGCGGUGCGAAUCGUGCGGCAAUUGAUGGCGAAAUACCCCGAAAUUGAUGCGAAAUUGUUUUUUGGCGGCGAAAAAGUGGGGAUGAAUCCGAAAAUCAACAACAUGAUGCCGGCGUACCGCGCCGCGAAAUACCCGCUGAUACUGAUCAGCGACAGCGGCAUUCUGAUGAAGGCCGACUCGAUUCUCGACAUGGCGUCGACGAUGAUGAGCCAUGAGAAGAUGGCGCUCGUCACACAGGUGCCCUAUUGCAAUGAUCGUCGUGGGUUCGCCGCCGCGUUCGAGCAGAUCUUCUUCGGCACAUCGCACGGUCGCAUCUAUCUCGCCGGCAAUUGUAUGGAGUUUGUGUGCUCCACCGGCAUGUCGUCGAUGAUGAAGAAGGCGGCGUUGGAGGAGCUCGGCGGCAUUCAGGCGUUCGGCAUGUAUCUGGCCGAAGAUUAUUUUUUCGGACGCCAACUCGCCGACCAUGGCUACAAGUCGGCGAUCUCGACGAAUCCCGCCCUUCAGAAUAGUCCGCCAAGCGAUGUGUUCGCGUUUUUGGAUCGGAUUUGUAGAUGGAUCAAAUUGAGGAUCGCCAUGCUGCCACAUAUCAUUCUUGUCGAGCCGCUUCAAGAUUGCUUCAUAACCGCAAUCAUAAUGGGAACGUGCCUCGAUUAUUUGUUUGCCAUCAAUUUUUAUGCGACUUUUGUGGCGCAUAUCGUUUUUUGGAUUUCGAUGGAUUACUCGCUGAUGAGCUCGAUUCAGAACGGCCCUCUACCAUUCUCAUUGCCAUGUUUUAUUGGUAUUUGGCUUUUGCGUGAACUCUCGGCUCCCAUUGUAUUCGUUUCUGCCCUAUGCCGUCCAACGAUUCGAUGGAGGAACAAUAUAUUCAAAUUGGAAUGGGGUGGCCGUAUAAAACAAGAGUAG